AUGGAAGGCUCCGGUCAAGAGGUUAGCUGGGACAAGCCACCCCCGUACCAUGACCACUACCAAAGGCUGCCCCAGAACGAUCGCCCCAUGUCCACGUACACUCCAGUUCCGGCGACUCCCGCUCCCGCCCAGCCGGCGGCUCCCCAGCACACCAGCUUCAGUAACAACAUCAGUUCCAACAAUGUGGUGGUAGUUAGCCAGCCGUCGGCUGCACAGCCAAGCACAGUGAUAGUGGAGCGAGUGAGGCCCAGUGACAACCUCAUCUGGGUCCUGUGUCUGAUGGUGGUGUGCUUCUGCACAGGGAACCUGGUGGCCUUUGUGUGCCUCAUCCCAGCUCUCAUCCUCUCACUCUCUUCUGGCUGUGCCAGUAAUUCCGGAGACUAUGAGACAGCUGCAACGUAUGGAAAGGCUUCAUGUUGCUGUUCGCUGUUCUCCGUGACCAUCUACAUGAUAGCUGUACUGGUCGCCAUCAUCUUUGUCAUCCUAAUCUUCAUCACGGGGCUCGUGUUUCUUCGUCGCAAAUGAAGAAGUGGCAUGAAAGACUGACAGAAGACUCUUACGUAUUACGUAGACUAUAAUGUGUGUGUAGAACUUGAACAGUGAACCUCAUUAUACAUAUAUAGUGUAUCGUGUGUGUGUUUAUUUUAAUCAUGAUACAGAGCUUCUACUCCGUUGUGCGCGGCCCAAUCUGUCACAUUAUCCCUGGGCGCAUCCUGGAUCCCACGCGGAGUCUCAGGUGCCGCCGCUCCAGGGUCGCCCCCGUGAAGGCUGCCUAUAUAUUCCCAAAGCAUUCUGUCCUCCAAGCAGCUGACCGAGUAUCUGUCUAGCCGAUCUGAGAGAACGGGUUUAACCCGCUUCUCUGUUCUGACGAUAAUUUACUUUUCUGUGAUCUUAACGACAUCAGCUCUCUCUCUCCUUGCUCCCUAAGCCUAGUCAUGUAGACUGAAGUAACAUCUUAUGGUGUUGUCACUGUAAGCACAUGGUA